CUUCAACUCCUCCAUUUCAUGAAAAUCACAUUUUAGACCAGUAUACCACGAACCCUCCGAAACCUAAUUUUAUUCGAAGUCAACGAAAAAGUCAUCCAAAUCAAUGGCCAGGAGAGCCCUCCCCAUCGUCAAGCAACUCGUCGGCCGGUCAUCGUUCGAUCCCCACCCUCUCCUAGGGUUAGGGUCCCGAUCCGUGACCUACAUGCCUCGUCCUGGAGACGGCUCUCCGCGCGCCGUCACUCUGAUCCCCGGAGACGGCAUCGGGCCUCUGGUCACGGGCGCCGUCGAGCAGGUCAUGGAGGCGAUGCACGCGCCGGUGUACUUCGAGAAGUACGAGAUUCACGGGGAUAUGAAGACGGUGCCACCGGAGGUGAUGGAGUCGAUUCACAAGAACAAGGUGUGUUUGAAGGGAGGUUUGUCGACGCCGGUGGGCGGUGGUGUGAAUUCGUUGAAUGUUCAGCUGAGGAAGGAGCUCGACCUUUAUGCCUCGCUUGUGAAUUGCUGCAAUUUGCCUGGUUUGCCGACGCGGCACAAUGAUGUUGAUAUUGUUGUGGUGAGGGAGAACACGGAGGGCGAGUACGCUGGGCUUGAGCACGAGGUCGUUCCCGGCGUGGUCGAAAGCCUUAAGGUGAUUACAAAGUUCUGCUCCGAACGAAUUGCAAAAUAUGCCUUUGAGUAUGCUUACCUAAACAACCGAAAGAAAGUGACAGCUGUGCACAAAGCCAACAUUAUGAAACUUGCAGACGGUCUCUUCUUAGAAUCCUGUCGGGAAGUUGCGAAAAAUUACCCCAGUAUCGCAUACAGCGAAAUUAUUGUGGAUAACUGCUGCAUGCAACUGGUUUCAAAGCCGGAGCAAUUUGAUGUCAUGGUGACACCUAAUCUUUAUGGAAAUCUGGUGGCAAAUACUGCAGCUGGUAUUGCAGGAGGCACUGGUGUCAUGCCAGGAGGCAAUGUGGGUGCUGAUCAUGCCAUUUUUGAGCAAGGUGCUUCAGCAGGAAAUGUUGGUAAUGAAAAGAUAGCACAGCAAAAGAAGGCAAAUCCAGUGGCUUUGCUCCUCUCAUCAGCCAUGAUGCUGAGGCAUCUCCAAUUUCCUUCAUUUGCUGAUCGACUAGAGACUGCUGUGAAAACUGUAAUCUCAGAGGGCAAGUACAGGACAAAAGAUCUUGGUGGGACAAGCACCACCCAGGAGGUUGUUGAUGCUGUCAUUGCAGCUCUAGACUGAUGGAUUUGUAAAAGGCGCAACGCAAUUCUUGGACCUACCUCCUCGCUCGAGAUCUUCCAUUGGCCAGUAUGAUAUCGGUUUCUUUCACAUCAUUUUUAGGUUCUCCUCCUGCAAUCUGUCAGGAAAGUCUAUAUUCUUUUGAAAUAAUCUGAGUUAAUCCUUGAAGUCAAGAAAUGCUCAAAUAAAAGCCCCCCUGAGAGUUUACUUGCUGCAAUUUUCCAUUGGAUAAAAGUUCACAUUGUUUCUCCUUUGGUGAGAGGAAUGUAGUUUAUACCAACUCUUAACUCAUUUUAUUUUAUAUGAUUGCCUAUGUAAUUUAAGCAAUAAAACGAAAUACUGCUUAUGGACUUGCUCACUUC